AUGGAUCUAGAAAUGCCAGAUAUGCAAGAUUUUGAGGGUAAUAAUGAAAUAGAUUCAGUACUUGACCUUGAUUCAGACAUAGAAAAUAAAAAUGACAAAAGAGAAAUAGGAAAUCUUGCAACAUGGACAGUUUCAUCCUCAAAACCCGGAUUUGGUGUGGAGCAACUUCGAAAUGACAAUGUAGAUACAUUUUGGCAAUCAGAUGGCCCUCAGCCACAUUAUAUAAACAUUCAUUUUAUUAAAAAAGUUUCAAUAAAGCUUUUAAGUUUUUAUACCCAAUAUCGUCAAGAUGAAUCAUAUACACCUUCAAAAAUAUCAGUAAGAGCAGGAACAGGAUUCCAUGACCUACAAGAAGUUAUAGCACUUGAUUUAAAUGAACCUAGCGGCUGGGUACAUAUAUCAUUAGGAGAUUGCGGAAAAGAUGGACUUUUGAGAACACAUUUAUUGCAGCUAUGUGUACAAGCGAACCAUCAAAAUGGAAAAGAUACCCAUAUAAGAUUAGUAAAGGUUUUUGCGCCUCGAAUAUAUGCAGCAGACGAAACUGAUAUCCUUCCAUAUACAAGUAUAAUCUUUUCGAAGCAUCUUAAAAUACGAUAA